AUCUCAAUCUGAUACACUAGAAUACAAAAUACAAAGACAGCAUCAUCACCAAAGCACUAGAAAAUCCCUGUUUGUUCAAAACUCAAAACCAAAAAGCGAUUUUCAAAAAAGUACUUUUCCAAUGCAGAAAUCAGGUUACGGUUCAGAUGGAAUAUACAGGUCCUUAAGACCUUCCCUUAUCUUACCAAAAAAUCCAAACCUCUCUCUCGUAACACACCUCUUCAACAAAGUCACUUCUUCCCCAAACAAAACCGCUCUUAUAGAUGCCGAUUCUUCUCAAACACUAACCUUCGCUCAAUUAAAAUCCCUUACAAUUAAACUCGCUCACUCUUUAAUUAAAAUCGGUUUAACCAAAAACGACGUCGUUCUCUUCCUCGCUCCUAAUAGUUAUCUCUACCCUGUUUUCUUCCUCGCCGUUGCUUCCAUCGGUGCCGUCGCUUCCACCGUAAAUCCACAAUACACCACCGUUGAAGUUUCUAAACAAGCUAAAGAUUCAAAUCCGAAACUCAUUAUCACCGUCGCUGAAUUAUGGGAGAAAGUAAAUCACCUCAAUAUCCCCGCCGUUUUUCUCAAUUCCUCCGGCGUUGCAACGCCGGAUACAGUUACGAGUUUCGAAUCGUUUGUCAAACUCGGUGAAUCAGCAACCGAAUUUCCAAAAAUUGACGUGAAACAAACCGAUACGGCGGCGUUGUUGUAUUCCUCGGGUACUACAGGUGUAAGCAAAGGAGUGAUUCUAACUCACCAGAAUUUCAUUGCUUCUGCUGCAAUGAUUUCAAUGGAUGAUGAAUUGAACGGUGAAAUCAACGAUGUGUAUCUCGUUGUUCUACCAAUGUUUCAUGUGUUUGGACUUGCGGUGAUAACGUAUUCGCAGCUUCAGAGAGGGAAUGCGAUUGUUUCGUUGAAGCGGUUUGAGUUUGAAGUGGUUUUGAAAACGAUUGAGAAGUUUAGGGUUACGAGAUUAUGGAUUGUGCCACCGAUUGUACUCGCUCUAGCGAAACAUGGUUUGGUUGAUAAGUAUGAUCUUUCGAGUUUGAAGUAUAUUGGUUCUGGUGCUGCUCCUCUUGGGAAAGAGUUGAUGGAAGAGUGUGCUAAGCGUUUUCCUCAUGCUACUGUUUCUCAGGGCUAUGGUAUGACUGAAACGUGUGGGAUUGUUUCUGUGGAGAAUACUAGAAUGGGGAUUCGGCAUACUGGCUCAGCUGGAAUGCUUGUUGCGGGAGUGGAAGCCCAAAUUGUCAGUGUGGAUACACUGAAGCCACUCCCUCCUGGACAGCUCGGGGAGAUAUGGGUGCGGGGUCCUAAUAUGAUGCCAGGUUAUUACAACAAUCCACAGGCCUCAAGAUUGACUAUAGAUAAAAAAGGGUGGGUACAUACGGGAGAUCUUGGAUAUUUUGAUGAGGAUGGAAAUCUUUUUGUCGUUGACCGUAUCAAAGAACUGAUCAAGUAUAAAGGGUUCCAGGUUGCACCAGCAGAACUUGAAGGUCUUCUUGUUUCUCAUCCUGAAAUACUUGAUGCUGUUGUCAUUCCAUUUCCUGAUGCCGAAGCUGGUGAGGUUCCGGUUGCCUAUGUUGUGCGAUCACCCAAUAGCUCACUAACCGAGGAAGAUAUCCAAAAGUUUAUUGCUGAUCAGGUAGCACCUUUCAAAAGACUGCGAAGGGUGACAUUUAUCAACACUGUUCCAAAAACAGCAUCAGGAAAAAUUCUGAGAAGAGAGCUUAUUGACAAAGCACGAUCCAAAAUAUAAGAUCACAUAUCUUUUCUAUUUCUAAUCACAGUUUAAGGGUCCACUAAAAAGCCCAUUUUAAUAAGUUCUGUGAUAGAACGCAAAUUGUAAAUCGUAUAGGUAUAAUAAAAAGCAGAAGUUUGGACCACUGUGUGGAACAAAACAACUAUUAAUCAAUUGAAGAGAUUAAUGAAAAUUUGAAUGACACUCGUGUGGUGAAGAAAAUUAUGGACCACUUUAAAA